CAACACUAACCACAUCACACUCGUUACAGCAACACCAUCAUGAAGCUUGCUCUCCUCGCUGCGCUGGCAGCGACAGCGGCGCCAACAGCGCUGGCAUGGGGCGCGGCGGGCCACGAAAUCGUAGCUACCAUCGCCCAGAUCCACCUCCACCCCCAAGUCCGCGACCAGCUCUGCCGCAUCCUCCCGCGCCAGGCGGGGUGCCAUCUCGCCCCCGUGGCCGCUUGGGCGGACAUGGUGCGCCGGCAGUAUCCCGAGACGGGGCCGAUGCACUAUGUUAAUCCCAAGAACGACUUCCCCGGCGGCCCCAACGCGCACUGCGAGUACGGCGAGCACGGCUGGAUCAACGAGGACGUCAACGUCCUGACAGCGAUCAUGAACAAGACGGCGGGCGUCGCCGCGGGCGAGGGCGACAUUUCGCUGCGUUUCCUGGUCCACUUCCUCGGCGACCUGCACCAGCCGCUGCACUUGACCGGGCGCGAUAAAGGCGGCAACGGCGCGCUGUUCCGCUUCGAGGGGCGCGCGCGCAACCUCCACAGCGUGUGGGACGGUGGCAUUGUGCUCAAGAACAUCCGCGAGCUGAGCAACUACACCUCCCCGCUGCCUGCCAAACAGAUCGAGAACAACCUCCCGCACGCCAUCUUCGACCCGUACGUCCGCUGGAUCGUGUGGGAGGGCAUCAGGCAGUGGUGGAAGGACGACGUCGACAGCUGGCUGGCUUGUCCGGCCGGCGGGGACCCCUACCCCCACUCGUCGCAGGGCAACGUGCCGCCCAGCAAGCAGGGCAAGGCGGCGCACCGCGCGCCGUGGCUCGAGGGGCUGGUCAACGCGGGCCAUGUGGCCGCGCUCAGCCUGCCCGACAGCCUGCGCGGGGUCGUCGCCCCGCUCUUGCCGGUCCCGGACGCGUCGUACGAGGGGUUCAAUAGCCAGCUGCUGCGUAACCACCCCGACGCGCUCGCCAAGCGCGGCGAGACCUUUGAGGAGCCCGCGUGCCCCUACACCUGGUCCCGCGCCAACCACGCCAUCAACUGCGAGUAUGCCUGGCCGAAAGAGUACACGGGCAGCGGGCCGCUCAUCGAGCUCGACACGGACGAGUACCUCGGCCGUAUUGGCCGCGACAAGGUCGUCGAGCGCUUGCUCGCCCAGGGCGGCUUGCGGCUCGCAAAGAUCCUCAACCGCGUCAUUGGCAAGGGCGAGUACAGCGACCUGUACAUCGACUACUAGCCGCGUCCUCGUCCUCACUGAACCAUUGUAUCCGUUGUUCCACCACUUAGCAAGCCAUUAGCUCAUAGCUCCAAUUUAUGCAUGCGCUCCUUGAUAUGAA